ACGCAGACAUCGCUGACGUUGGUGGCACUAUUUUAUUAUUUUGGACAGUCAAUCGUCGUCGUUUGCAUUGCAGUAUGUAGAUUUUAAUAAAAUCAGCAAUGCAUUUGUGAGGAAAUGUCAACCAGGAGCAGAGUCAACUAAAGAAGAAUCCAAAUCCAACUGUUGUACCUCUGAGCCACCCUUAAAGAAAUCUAAGAAGAAUAGAGGGCGUAAUAAACACCGCCCUCGUGAUUCACGUCCAGAACCAAAGGAUAACAUUUGCCAGUACAUUGCUACUAGCAGGGAUUGUCCAUUUGCUGAAAGGUGUACAUACUUGCAUGAUGUGAAAACAUAUCUAACAAAUAAGCCUCCUGACAUCAAAGAAACAUGUUACAAUUUUGAGACUUUUGGGAAAUGCCCAUUCGGAAUUUCUUGUAGGUUUAGUGGGCAGCAUACUAACAAAGAUGGCACAAACAUAAUUGAUGCGGAAAAAUGCAACCGGAAGUCCGAGUCUGUUACUCGCAAUAUUUUGAACCAAAAUUUGAAAGUAAAACUGCGAAAAAAACAAUAUAAUUUUCCAAAAUCCGAGGCAUAUUUGAAUGAUCUAAAAUCAAAGAAAGGUAAUCAACAAAGAGGAAAUCUGGUAUUUUUAGCUGAGAAGAAAGGCAAUGAAAAUGCUCAAGAGUGUUCUUCAGACCUUAAAAAUAAAAUUGUUAGUUCAAAGGAGGGAGAGUCAUUUUUUGCUGCGAAUCAACAAAGUUUAGAUGCAACCGGCAACACACAUGGAAUUCUUGUUGAGGAUGGAGUGACACCUGUACCUAUACUAAAAAAGAAAAUUGACUUUAGCAACAAGUUGUACCUUGCCCCGCUUACCACUGUUGGAAACUUACCAUUUCGCAGAGUAUGUAAGCGGUUGGGUGCGGACAUUACAUGUGGUGAGAUGGCCAUGUGUACAAAUCUACUCCAAGGUCACCCAUCUGAAUGGGCAUUACUUAAACGACAUUCUUGUGAGGAUGCUUUUGGUGUCCAGAUAUGUGGGUCCUUUGCAGAUACCAUGUCAAAAUGCACUGAAAUGAUAAAUAAUGAGACUGAUGUUGAUUUUAUUGAUAUUAAUGUGGGAUGUCCAAUUGAUCUUGUUUUUAAGAAGGGUGCAGGUUCUGCGCUAAUGUGUAGGAUGACAAAAUUUGAAGAGAUUGUCCGUGGAAUGGUUAAAGUAUCUGAUGUACCUAUUACAGUAAAGAUGAGGGCUGGCAUUGAUGAUAAACACUUUACAGCCCAUAAAAUAAUACCAAAAGUAUUGGAUUGGGGUGCUUCUCUUGUUACGGUUCAUGGUAGAACUCGGGAACAACGGUACACAAGGGCAGCAGAUUGGGACUACCUUGAGCAAUGUGCCACAACAUGCGGUACCUACCCAUUUCUUGGAAAUGGUGAUAUUUUCUCAUUUGAGGAUAUAAACAAACAUAAGGAUCGAUCAGGUAUUGCAGGCACUAUGAUUGCUAGAGGCGCCCUCAUCAAGCCCUGGAUCUUCACAGAGGCCAAAGAACAAAGACACUGGGACAUUUCAUCAAGUGAACGUUUCAGUAUCCUUCAAGAUUUUACCAACUUCGGCCUGGAGCAUUGGGGCUCAGAUCAACAAGGUGUUGAUAAAACAAGACGAUUUAUGCUUGAGUGGCUGUCGUUUCUUUACCGUUACAUUCCUGUUGGUAUACUUGAACGUGUUCCUCAGCGUAUCAAUGAGCGACCACCACAAUAUUUUGGUCGGGAUCAUCUUGAAACCCUGAUGGCUAGUCCAGAUUGCAAAGACUGGAUCAAGAUAAGUGAGAUGCUGCUUGGACCAGUACCAGACAGUUUUCAAUUUUUACCGAAGCAUAAAGCCAAUUCCUACAGUAUUGUAUGAUCAGGUCACCAAUUUGCAGUGUUUGCACUAUUGGGAAUAUAUUAUGGUAGAAAAUACACCCAAAUAUGAUGUACAAUAAGAUUGUUCAUAAGGAAUGAUCUGCACUCAUUUAAGAAACAACACUUUCAUUUGUUUUAGUUGUGAAACCAAUUUGAUAGAUUUUGUAAUAAUACCGUAUAAGUUCCAUUAAGUAAAUUCUGAGUACAGAUUGUACAUUAGUUUUCCAUACCAAAUAAAAUAUCUUCAUUGGUGGCUGCGAUAGUAAUAAUAUUGAUAAUACUAUAAAUAUAGGACAAUUUCUUUGUACAUUACAUUUUCCCCCCCUUUUUUUUAAAGCAAGAAAUGAAUUAUUAGAUUAAAGUGGAUAAAAUUAUUUGAUGAAUGAUAAAACUGAAAAUAACAAAUAUGAUAAUGUAGCACUACAGUUGUGUGGUUAAGAUGCAUGCGUUCAAUCUCAAGGCCAUGUUUUAACCCUGUCAAACAUGUCAGGAUUUGUUUUCACAACCAGUAAUAAUGUAUGUUUGCCAUGCUUCAUAAUAUUGUCUUUGGUAGAGCGACAGUUUCUUUGGCUGCAUUAUAAUAGUCAUUAAAAGUAUAUAAAAAUAAAUGUGAUGUUUAACAUAACUAGAUCAGUUCAAGGCUUGCAGUCGUGGCUGAUAUUUUUUUUCUUUUGUAUUAAUGGUCUUUAAUCAAAUAAAAUUGAUGAUGAUGAUUA